AAAUCCAUCCAAAAUAAACACCAACACCUCCCAAAAAACCUCUCAUUUCCACCAAAAAAUGGCCUCCAUUCCUCUCCUCCAUUUCACUCCCAAAACCCCUUUCACCCCUCGCCUAUUACCCCACCCCCUCAAACCCAUUAACCCGAACCCCCUCCAAACCCGAACCCGAAUCCAAACCCGACCCGUUUCCAUCUCCGCCGCAUACAACCCAAUCCCUGCUACAGACCGGUUAAUCUCAGCCGUUGCUUACUUCCUUCCCUUUUUCAACGGCAUCCAAUACGGCCGUUUCCUUUUCUCUCAAUACCCUUCUUUAGCUCUCCCAUUUCAGCCCAUUCUUCCACUUUUAUCCCUUUACCGCUCUAUCCCUUACGCUAGUUUUGUCACUUUCUUUGCUCUUUACUUAGGUAUUGUGAGAAAUGAGAGUUUGAACAAGUAUGCCCGGUUCAAUGCGUUGCAGGCAGUGGUGCUUGAUGUGUUGUUGGUGCUUCCAAUGUUGAUUCAAAGGAUUUUUUCUCCGGGUCAAAGUGGUAUUGGGUUGAAGUUUACGGUUUGGAUGCAUAAUGGGAUUUUUGUGUUUGUUGUGGGAUGUUUUAUUUAUGGGCUUGUUUCUUGUAUUCUAGGGAAAACUCCUUACUUGCCUUUUGUAACUGAAGCUGCUAAUAGGCAAAUGUAGCUUUUCUUUUUGAUGUAAGGUGUUUGAUAUGUUGUUCUCUGAUUUCUUUUGGGUACCUAGAACUUGGAAAUGAAAGGAAGGAAUUUUUUCCA